GACCCAAGGAGCCCCCCAAGGCUCAAGCCCAUCAACAACCACCACCACCCCCCCGUCCCCCUCUCAUCGGGCUCCCCUCCUGACGGCUCCUCGACAGCACCGCGCACGAUGGUAGCUGGCCCGUCUCAUUGGUGACAGAGGCGACCUUCUCGCAUUCCAGGAGCUGCUGCUUUCCCAUCGGCCAGCUCACCCUUUUGCUGACGCUGCCUGAGAGCAGUGGUCAACGACAUCACCGUCUAUCCUGCGCGCCAUCCAGGAGACAAUGUCUUCCGCCACCUUGCAAUCGGCGCCUCAUCAGCCAACAUCCGUCGGGGCUCACUCUCCUGUCGUGGCCACCGCCUCCAACAGGCCCUACACCGCGGGUUCGUCUCACUCGAGAGAUCCCUACUACAAUCAGAGCCCGACAAACGCGUCGCCUACUGCAACACGUCGGCCAUCGCGACAAUCCAGCGGCAAUGGCGCGUCUACGAACAAUAAUAAUUCUCAAUCAUCGCAAUACUAUCCGCCCUCGGCCAACACGCAAGCCUCGACCUCUUCACGCGUCCACGCCUCUCAAACAUCAACGACCGCCGCUACAGCAGGAUAUCCGGUGAUGGCACCAGGGGAUCAUCAACGUGGUGUGCCUCCUGUCGUCUCACCACGCACUUCCUCGAACCGGAAUCCCGCUAAUGCUGCUGCUUCUGCAGCCGAUCGGUCUGCGAGGAGAGCAGGUCACACUAAUGAGUCCACCGGCUCACCACGGGCGACAACCGAUGGCCAGCGGGAUCGGGUAGAGAGACAAAGGAGCAAUGGCAACACACAGGUCAAUGGGGCCGACAGAGGAGCUGAUGAUGCUGCUGCUGCCGCCAACGCCGCUGCCAGAGCUAGACGACGAGCCGCAGAUUCACCACAGGAAGUCUUAUCGCAUCGGCCAAGUUCGAGCCCAGAACCGAGAGCUUCCAACUCAGCUUCUACUCCCCAGGACCGACGACCCGUAGCAGCAGGCAACUCAUCAACACCUAGCAAAUUGUCGAGAGAGGCCAGCGAGAUCUUGCAUCGCGUGAUUGUCAGCAAACCCGAAGUAGACGUCGAACGAGAACGCGCACGCAUGGCAGAAGCCUCACCAGCAUCCGCCUCGCACCGCUCCCCGAUUGGUACGGUGAGUGUUGUGAGCCCCGAAGAUCUUGAGGGCAGUGGUCGGGGUCCACGGAGCCGACACGAUCAUGCAGUCUCUUCGGGCAAGCGGGAGAAGAACAGCAGAUUUGGGGAGUAUUACCUAGGCAAUACACUGGGAGAGGGAGAAUUCGGCAAGGUUAAGAUGGGGUGGAAGCAGGAGGGCGGCAUUCAAGUCGCCAUCAAGCUUAUACGCCGUGACAGUGUGGGCACGAACCCGACGAGACUCGCCAAGAUCUACCGCGAGAUCGCCAUCCUCCGAGAGAUAUCCCAUCCGAAUAUCGUUCGUUUGCACGAGAUGGUCGAGACGGAAAAGCAGAUUGGUAUAAUCCUCGAGUAUGCCUCCGGCGGAGAGCUUUUUGACUACAUUCUCAACCACCGGUAUCUGAAGGACAACGCUGCUCGACGACUGUUUGCACAAUUGGUGUCCGGGGUUGGAUAUCUACACAAGAAGGGUAUCGUGCACCGAGACCUCAAGCUGGAGAAUCUCCUGCUUGAUCGCAACCGGAAUAUAAUUAUCACUGACUUUGGGUUUGCGAACACCUUCAACCCGGAGGACGAGCUAGGUGAGGAAAUCGAGUAUAACCUGUCUAGUCGGGAGUACGUGAAGCGGAUGGAGCUGGACAAGAUCCUCCCGGGCGGAUACCGGAGAGGCGACCUGAUGCAGACGAGCUGCGGAAGUCCUUGCUAUGCCGCUCCUGAAUUGGUGGUCAGCGACUCUCUGUAUACCGGCCGCAAGGUCGAUGUGUGGAGCUGUGGUGUUAUUUUGUACGCUAUGUUGGCAGGAUACCUACCUUUUGACGAUGACCCAGCCAACCCUGAAGGCGACAACAUCAAUCUGCUUUACAAGUAUAUUGUCUCGACCCCCUUGACGUUUCCCGAAUAUGUAACCCCCCACGCGCGAGAUCUUCUCCGUCGGAUACUCGUCCCCGACCCAAGGAAGCGGGCGGAUCUCUUCGAGGUUGCAAGACACAGCUGGUUGAGUGAGUACGCUCAUGUGGUUGGGUUCAUUACAAGCAGCACGACCACGUCGGGAGACAUUGCCAAGACAGCAAUUGAGGUGGAGGAUCAACAAGAGGCACCACUGCUGGCAAGAAGUGCUUCGGUUAGGGAGCCCUCCAAGGCCAAGACGCCGACGGCUGUGGGUGAUCUCAGUCGGAAACAUGGGAAUGUGGACCAAGAAGGAGCAGAUGCGCACCAAAAGGUCGCCAAAGAUAACAAGCGGAGAACUGUACAGGUUGAAUAUGUUCCUCCACGGUCGCAGACUCAACGCGGAGAGUCUGUUACAGCAACUACACAAGCCAACUCAAGAACUCGUGCUCGUGCUGGAAGCCAGGGACCAGUAGAGGUCCAGCCUGUGAGCAGUGCCCCUGCUGGAUCAAGGAGAGCUCCAUCCACGGAAAAGCCCCUGCCCCAGGAACCAUCGGCCUCGAGAGAUGGUCAAUACUCUCAAGGCCGACGACCAUCGACCUCUCAACGUCAACAAGGUAUGCCUCCUCCAGCCCGGCCUGGACGCGACCCACCUCGAUCAGUCUCCGACACGAACUACAUGUCUGGAGCUCCACCCGUCUCCAUGACCAGACCAGCUACCGGAGGAUCCCUGGCAUCCACUGGGAGCAGAUCAGGGGCCCUUCCCCACCGUGGUUCAUAUAGCCAACCAGCAGCACCCACCGUUGCUGGCACUAAUGCUCAAGGCCGUAUGUCUCAACCCAAAAAUGUCAGAGGCUACGAGAUUUCCGCUCCAAUCAUACAAGGAGAGUCUGAAUAUGGCCAGCCUUCUUCAGCACCAGGUCAAUACACUCGCGUUGCUGGUUCACAACCCGAGACGAGAGGCCACAAGCGAUCGAACACGAUUGGCAGCAUCUUCAGUAGGACGAAUUCGAUGUUUGGAUCUAAACGAAAUGCUGAGCAGGAGAAGCCUAAUAAGAAAUAUCCGCCCGUGAGCAUGUCUGGAUCUGGAAUGUCUAUGGACCCUCCCCGACAGUCCAUGGAUUCUCGCCGCUCAAUAUCUUUCGGGUUUGGCAGGAAGAGAAGUGGUAGUAUUUCCGGUUCCCAAACCAAUCUUCAUGAGAGGCCCAACAACAGGAGAUUCUCCCUGCUUCCAGCCUCCUUCUCUCUGAAGUCGAUUGGUAUUGGCAAAGAAUACGAACAGCGUCCAGAUAGUCGCGGCAACUACAUGGAUCCGCCCAUGUCACAACACUCUCAACAAGCCCGGACCGUCAGCGGCAACACCACUGAUUCAUACUCAGCGGAUGCCUAUGACCAGAACCCAGUACAAGACCGCAGAGGCACCUCCACUGCCAGUCCGCCCCAACAACACCAACGGUAUGCUUCGCAACCGAUCCAAGACCAUCGCUCCGGCGCACCUACACAAUUUCUCCCACCACUGAACUUCCGUCAGGACCAACCGACCCAGGCCACUGGGUCCGAAUCCAGCUUGCAGGAAACUGGAAAUCGACGAGGCCAAUACCCACCCGGCUUCAGCGAUUACGAUGAUCGGAGACCCGUUGGCCGAACAGGAUCGAGCGGAAGGGGCGGCGUGCUUCAGAAGAACAACCGGAAGUUCGUCGAGGCUUAUGAAACGCAGGACAACAGUGGGUGGGGAGGCCCACCACACAUUGACCAUGCGGGGAGCUCUGGGGCGGCGAGAAAGGUCAUGGAUUUCUUCAGGAGAAGAGGAAGAGAUCGGGGGGAUUAGAUAUCAGGUGGGUGCUGAAGAUGGAAGACAGGCAUCCAUAUUUAUCAAGUUACAAUGGGACAUCGAUAUUGAGCGUUGGAUUAUAAUCAGUUCCUGAAGCAGGUGGCAUGUUGUCUUUGGUAGGACGCCAAGCAAGAAUGGGGAAGCAGAAGCAGAGCAAACGGCGCAAAAAGGCAAGGCGCUCUUGGAGUUAUAUGUUACUUGUAUGGAAACUUGUAUGGAUUUGAACUUGAAGGAGAGGAUGGAGCCGAGC